UUAUAGCAGCAACAAAUCUGAUAUUUGUAUUCUCACGAGUCCAAAGCUGUAUUUGAAGCGUAAAGAGCCUAAAUUAGUUCAUUUUGCGAUCUGUAAAACCCAUCUCGUGGACCGGGUGUAUCCUGCUGAACCCAAGCGGUGGCAGUGAUGCCGUCAGAUUGAUUUACGCUAUUUGGGGGUUUAUGUCCCUCGUUAUUGGUGAAAAUGUUGCUCCUCGGCUGUCUGCACCUCCACGCCUUGCUGAGGUCGCACUAAUUGCGUUAAUUCCUGCUCUGCUCGGGCUCGCAGCCCCAUCUGGUGGCACUGGGGCUCCGGCCGGUCUCUGCAGCGGAGCUGCCGGCGCUGCCAGAGUCAAAGUCACCCCCGGCGCUGCCGUGGUGCGCACAGAGCGCCGCGCCCCAGGGCCGCUCUGGGGCAAAACCGCUCAGCCCUUUUCCGGAGGUUCUCACAAACCUGUGCUGGCUGCUAAUUCAACGGCUACAGCAGCUUCAGUUCCGUUCUGCUGGGGACAGAAGUUCAUCCCAUUAAAGCAUGGCGUUCAUAAUUCUUCGCAGUCCCACUGGUUGACAGCAGAGGAGAGGAACCAAGUUUUACUUGAUCUCAAAGCUUCUGGCUGGUCUGAGUUAGGUGAAAGAGACGCCAUCUACAAAGAGUUCAAUUUCAAAAAUUUUAAUCAGGAUCUUUCAUUCUUGCCCGUCAUGGAUGUCGGGGAAGGCAGAAAUGAGAGCAAAGGCUGGAAAUCGGCUUCAAAACUGAACAUUCUGCGCUCCGCCAGGAGAACGAGCUGGGCAGGCUUUUGGAUUUAUGACACGUGUUGCUCUACAAGCAGAGAAGAUGAAUCACCACCCGGAAUGGUUUAAUGUCUACAGCAAGGUUCAGAUCACGCUAAUUUCCCACGACUGCGGUGGACUGACCAAGAAAGAUGUGAAGCUGGCUCAGUUUAUUGACAAAGCUGCUGCCUCAGUGUAACAGAGAUGUAAAAUGUUUUAAUACAGUGUCCACAAGUAUUUUUUUAUUUAAAUGGUGUCCUUUAUACCUUGUAACCUUGAUUUCACAAAACCCUUGAGACAAGAUAUUUUGUAGAAAGAGUAUCUUAGCUUUUUAGUCCAAGACCCCUCUAGAUGCUUGUCCUCUGCCAUUGCUGGCUCUGCCUAAAAUAUUUAGCACCUAAACCAGCAACAAAUCAAUUUCAAACAAUCCUUUUCUGGAAAGUAAAAUAAGCUGGAAUGGAAGGAGUAGCCUACUCGCAUGUGUCAGUGUUCCCCAAGCCCACAGCAGCUGAGGCUGGUGACAGCUGCCACGUGAGCCUGCCCUGUGCCCUGCUGCGUCCCUCCUAUAGAUCUGUAUGUCUUGGCACUGCAGACAGCGUCAGAGCAGCCAGCCCGGGUCAGUCCCCUCUGGCUUGGUCCCUCCAUCUCUACCAGUGACCGGUGGCAAGUGCAAGGGAUGCUGGUAAGAGCAGCACAAGUAGCUGGUGAUCACAGAAUCACAGAAUGGUUUGGGUUGGAAGGGACCUUCAAAGCUCAUGCAGUGCCGCCCCUGCCAUGAUCAGGGACAUCUUCACCAGCUCAGGUUGCUCAGAGCCCCGUCCAGCCUGGCCUGGGAUGUCUCCAGGGAUGGGGCAUCCACCACCUCUAUGGGCAACCUGGGCCAGUGUUUCACCAUCCUCAGUGUAAACAAUUUCUUAAAUUGUGUUUCCUUGGAGUUUGCAGCUCAACCAGCAGUUACAGCUCUUCGUUUUGGUGUUUCUUUUGUGCUUGUCCAACAGCUCCUGCACCUCAGAUGGGGAACAGCCAUGUCCAGCAAAAGUCUUGCUGUGUGCUUGAGAACCAUUCCCUGUCUGAGGUGCAGGACUGGAUCCUGCAGUUCCUGCAAAAUUCAACUCUAGUCCAGCAAAUACGAAAGAAUUCCAGUGAGCUCCUGACGCUCACAUCAUCAAAUGAAGCAUCCGCUUAAGGGCUUGGUUGGGUCAGGUCAGUGCUCAGCACCUUGCAGGAUUAUUUGUGUUGUAACGCUCCCCUAUCUGCCAGAUUGUUGGGGAGCAGCUUGGCCGAGCGCCUGGAGCACCGAUGGGAGCUGCCGACAGCGGAGGAAGCGGCAUUCGCAGGAUUCUUGCUAAGCUAGGCUCAACUGAAGCUAUGCUCACCCCCUUUUUUUUUUUCUUUCAGUAGCUACAGUUAGUCAUUGCAAGCAUUAUUCCAAGAGCUGCAGAUCCCACUGAUGAGGUUAAAAACAAUUUCUUUGGUGGUUUCAAGGUCUUUGUUUUUAUCCUAUGAUCCUCACCGAGGCAGAUUUCCACUGCCGGCAUGGAGAUUUCAUCCUGCUUAAGGCUUGCAAUCCCACUGCCGAGUGUCCCCAACGUGCACCAUCAUGCCCUGCAAGCAGCUCUGGGUGCGGAGCUCCCAGGAGAUUGACACCUCUGACAUGCCUGAGUGCAUUGCUCGAAUGACACCACGGCGGCACAGCUACCGAGAAGGGAGAUACGCGAGUGCCAAAAUCUGUAUCGGGUGUAUAUGCGAGGUGUGUGGUCUCUCAGAUAUUUAGGAUACAAAAUGUCACUAGCUGCCAUGCAAGGAUUCAUGUGGAUAAAAUAGGAAAGGUAUUUUUUGUUAAUCCUUAGCAAGUGCGCUGUCAUGUGCUAAUUGAUCACGGGAAGCAAGAUGUAAGAUGUUGCGGUUUAUUGUCGGUAACCCUGCUUGGGAUAUCAAGUUAAUGCCUAAAAAGACCCAAAUUCAGACUAUGUGCACAAAUGUUCUUUGCUCACAAGUGCCUUUCCCCAGCGAAGUGGCAGAUUUCCCCGAUAUGGCUUGAAAAUGGUCACUGUUGUGAGGAAUGAAUGAAACUAAAACAAACAAGCAGGCUGUGAUGUCUCCUGUUACUGGUGGGGAAAUAAAAUGAGCCUCACCCAGAGUUUUGACAACAUCUCUGAUGAACUGUGAAAACUCUGUUAGAAAUUGAUACAUAAUGCAAUCACUUUUAAUAAAACCAAUAAAAUAAAA